UCUACUUCUCUUAACUUCACACCCCACGACACACAGUCAGAGAAGCCAUGAACAGAAGGAACACCUUGCUUCUGAAGACUCUGUUGUUCCUCUUCGCUCUCAACUCCUUCUCUCUCUGUCUCUACUUCGCACACCAUCAUCAUCACUCUUCUUCCAAACCUAACCACCACUCUUCUCUCACACUCCCACCUUUCCGACGACCCUUUGGUGAGACCCACCACCAGACCCACUUCUCCAAACCAUGGCCUAUCUUACCCUCUUACCUUCCAUGGUCCCCACCUUCCAACUCCACCCUUCUCCGCUCCUGCGAGGGCUAUUUCGGUAACGGCUUCACGCGCCGCCUUGACCUCCGCUCCGCCGCCGCCGGAGCGGGGUGGUUCCGGUGCUGGCACAGUGAGACUCUGGGGAGCUCUGUUUGUGAGGGGGGGAGGGUGCGUAUGGUGCCGGAGAGGAUUCAGGUGGCGAAGGGCGGUGAGGCUCUGGCGGAGGUUAUUGGGAGAGGGGAGGAGGAGGAGCUGCCCAUGUUCCAAAACGGUGCGUUUGAGGUUGAUGGGGGUGAAGGGUUUGGUGGGGGGAAGGAGGGGAAGAUGGUGGUUGACCGUGAGUUUUUGGAUCGGUAUGUGCCUCGUGGUGAGGUGAUGAAGCACACCAUGCGUGAUUUGAUCAGUAAGAUUCGGAUCGUUGGAGGGAAGGACUUUGCUUGUGAUGAGUGGAUAGAGGAACCAACACUUCUGGUGACACGCUUUGAGUAUGCUAAUCUUUUUCACACUGUCACGGACUGGUACAGUGCAUAUGUUUCUUCUAGAGUUACUGGCCUGCCUAAUCGACCUCAUUUGGUCUUUGUAGACGGCCACUGUAUGACUCCUCUUGAAGAGACAUGGAAAGCAUUAUUUUCAAGCCUCAGAUAUGCUAAAAACUUCAGUGGUACAGUUUGUUUUCGUCAUGCUGUUCUCUCACCUUUGGGAUACGAGACUGCAAUGUUUAAAGGACUAACUGAAGAGAUAGAUUGUGAUGGAGCUUCUGCACAAGAACUGUGGCAAAAGCCUGAUGACCACAAAACUGCUCGCGUUUCUGAGUUUGGAGAAAUGAUAAGAGCAGCGUUUGGGCUACCUUUAAACCUGCACCAUCAUGUUGGAAAACAUGUCUCUGGACACAAUGUCCUCUUUGUUCGUAGGGAAGAUUACUUAGCUCACCCACGUCACGGGGGUAAAGUUGAAUCAAGACUUAGUAACGAGCAAGAAGUCUUCGACUCCUUGAAGAGCUGGGCAUCUAAUUAUAAAGGGUGUAAAAUCAACCUUGUGAAUGGGUUGUUUGCUCACAUGUCUAUGAAGGAGCAGGUGCGAGCCAUUCAAGACGCGUCGGUUAUCAUCGGUGCCCACGGUGCUGGUCUUACUCACAUAGUUUCUGCAUUGCCUAAAACUGUGAUUCUUGAGAUUAUUAGCAGCCAAUUCAGACGGCCGCAUUUUGCGUAUAUUGCCCAGUGGAAGGGGUUGGAGUAUCAUGCAAUUAACCUUGAUGGAUCAUAUGCUGUACCUGGAACUGUGAUCAAUGAGCUGGUCAGCAUAAUGAAAAGCCUUGGGUGUUGAGUGUUUGGGUUUGGACUUCAAUUUUUUAUGACUAACAUCUCAUCUGUGGCAUGCUCUCUCUUAACUGCAACCAGUUUGGUUAGUGCAACUGAAUUUAACAUAAUGAUUCUAUGAUGUUUGUGUUCAACUGAAGAAGGAUGCAGGAUCAGUGCCAUGAGAGAGAGUUCGAAUUUGCUGCCUUCAUUUGCUCCAUGUCCCAUGUUGUAUACAGAUUAGGAUUCUCAAAUUUUUGCCUUGUAUAUUGAGAUUUUACACACACAGCCUUGUUGUAUUCAUGAGCUCAUUUUUUUUCUCCGGAUCAUUCUAAUACAGAUACUGUUACUUAGAAUUGAGGUGAUACAUACACAUUGCGUUUGUACGUAAUAACUUUGGUCUUUGGCUGACA